AUGUAUUUCUUUGCAGAAUACGGAGUUACCAGUUUGGAGCUGCUGGAGCUGCGGGUGCCGGCACACGUGGCGCUUGGCACGCGCGCGGCGCUGGCGUGCCGCUGGGCGCUGGGCCCGGCCGACGUGCUCUACUCCGUCAAGUGGUAUAAGGACGGCAAGGAGUUCUUCCGCCACGUACCGCGCGACCACGAACCUCGAAGGAAGUUUCCUUUGCCAGGAGUCGACGUCGAGAAAUCAAGUCCAAAUGGUGCAAAUAUAACGCUCUACCCUGCCGUGUUGGAGACGGGGGGCCGUUACCGGUGCGAGGUGUCGGGAGAACGACCCCUGUUCCCUACCGUGUCCGAUCAUGGAGACAUGGUUAUUGUUGCUCUUCCUGACCACGGUCCCACAAUCACAGGGUCCCGUCUUCGAUACCAGAUUGGAGAUAGAGUCCAAGUCAAUUGCACAUCAGGUCGGUCCAGACCUGCCACAAGACUAGCAUGGUAUAUCAAUGGAGAACCAGCCCCCUCUAUAGCUCUCGUACCACCCACACACGAGAAGCAUGAAGAUGGACUGGAAACCACAAGUCUGGCGCUCGACUUCAAAGUGAAGCCUAAACAUUUUAGGAAAGGAGACCUAAAACUUAAGUGUCUAGCAACAAUAGCAACAGUGUAUUGGCGGAGCAAUGAAGAGAGUGUGCAGGGUGAGAGACUGAAGGGGUACUCCAGGUCCAGGGAGCUGACUGAGAGCUCCAGGGCUGACAGGGUGCAAGCGGCGGGGAAGCCAGGCAGUGCAGCCGCUACCCACGCCAUCACACUCUACCUGCCCCUCCUCUGUGUCAUAAUACACAUAUCACAACACAAGUACCAUUCGUAA